UUGUAUUAAUAGAUUUCAAUAUAAUAUAUCCCAAGUUUCAUUUACAAUGUCGCUACCAAAAAUUUUUUAUAUGUGCAUAUUAGUCUUAGAUUUAGUGUACUUUUGCAAAGCUGAGCUGAGUGGGAAUAAUACAUUUUUCAGACCCGGCAUGGUCGAAUACGUCAAAUCCAAGGGAUACCCGAUCGAAGAAUACGACGUAACUACCGAAGACGGAUACAUCCUAAAAAUCCACAGGAUCCCGUUCGGAAAGUACAGCAAAGAAAGGUCGAAAAGGCCGCCGGUCAUACUAAUGCACGGGCUAAUGGGGUGUUCGGAAAACUUCGUUUAUCUGGGAGAGAAAAAAUCUCUUAGCUUCAUGGCCGCCGAAGCUGGUUACGAUGUUUGGUUGCCCAAUGCGAGGGGAAACACGCAUUCCCGAAGACAUGUCACUCUUAAUCCCGAGAGCGAUCAAAUUUUUUGGGACUUUAGUUGGCAUGAAAUUGGCAAAUACGAUAUACCCCGCGUCAUAGACUUGAUAGUGGAAAAAACGGGCCAAGAUAAAAUACCCUACGUAGGCCAUUCCCAGGGUGGGACGGUGAUGUUGGUGAUGGCCAGCGAGAGACCGGAAUACAAAGCAAAAAUCUCCAAAUACAUAGGACUGUCCCCUGUGGUUUUAUUCAAUCAUCUAACACAUCCCUGGCUAAAGGAGUUGAUGGAACAUGCUAAAAGUGUUUAUGAUGUUAAAUUGUUAGUAAACCAAAGGGAAAAACUCCUGUGGGCUGAUUACAACGAUAUGAGGCUAUUUAUUUAUGCACUUGGGCAAAGAUAUCCUGAACUUUUAAAAGGAUUUUUCUUUAGACUUUUGGGGGAAUCUGAAGAAAUUAAUUGGAAACAAUUUACCAAAUUUGCUGGGACCAUCCCUGCAGGAGCAGCUAAUAAACAGAUUAUGCAUUACGCACAAACAUACAAAUUAAGAUCAUUUAGAUUUUUUGACUAUGGUCCAAAGGAAAACUUGGUAAGAUAUAAUAGUACCAUUCCUCCAUUAUACAAACUGAAGAAUAUGGACGUACCCUCAUAUAUUUUUGGUGGACAAAACGACGUAUUUGCUAAUUUAGAGAAGCCAAGGAUUUUUACUUUAAAUACAAAGGCCGAAUCUUCUUACUCCCAUUCAGUCAGGUGUCGAGCAAUUAAAAUGGUGUCCCUUAAAAAUUUAGUCAACUUUAUUGUGAUAUUAGUUUUGGUGAAAAAUGUUGCCAGUGAUAAAAGCGAGCCAUUUUCAAAACCAGAUAUGGUUGAGUAUGUUACGUCUUUUGGUUACCCCAUAGAAACCUACAUGGUUGAAACUGAAGAUGGAUAUAUUCUUAAAAUAUUCAGGAUCCCACAUGGAAAAAAAUUUAAAAAAGCAUCGAAGAAACCGCCGAUUAUUUUGAUGCACGGUGUACUUGCCGGGGCGGAGUCGUAUGUGAUGCUUGGCCCAACUAGAUCCUUAGCGUUUAAGGCAGCUGAAGCUGGUUACGACGUCUGGCUGCCAAAUUGCAGAGGCACCACGCACUCUAGAAAACACAAAACGUUAGAUCCCGAUGGUAACCCAAGCUUCUGGGAUUUUAGUUGGCAUGAAAUCGGAAAAUACGACUUGCCAGCCAUAGUUGACAAGGUGAUGGAAAAAUCAGGAUUUCAACAAGUGACGUAUAUAGGUCAUUCCCAGGGCGGAACGGUUGUUUUUGUCAUGGCCAGCGAAAGACCUGAGUAUAAGAAAAAACUAUCCAAAGUUAUUGCUAUGGCUCCGGCAGUUUAUCUAAAUCAUUUCAAGCACCCUUAUUUAAAGGACUUAUUAAUCAAUUUUAAGUCAUAUUAUGAAGGAUUUACCUUAGUUAACUCUGGAGAAAACCUAUUCUACACAAAUUACAAUGAUUUAAGAUAUUUCAUUUAUGCAUUUAAAGAUUUGUUUCCUGAUGCGGUCCAUACGUUAUGGAACUCAUUCAACGGAGAAUCUGAAGUAACUGAUUGGCAACAAGUAUUAGAAUUCUUUGGAACUCUACCAGCCGGUUCAUCCGUUAAACAAAUUGCACACUUUGCUCAAAGUUUUAACAGCAAGUCAUUUAGACAGUUCGACUAUGGUGCUAAGAAGAAUUUAAAAAAAUAUAAUAGUGCCUCACCUCCGAAAUAUAAUGUUAAAGGAAUGGAUCUGCCUACUUAUAUUUUUGCCUCAAAAAGUGAUGUUUUCGUUGAUAUAAAAGACAUGGAAGAUCUCCGAGAUACAUUGCCAAAUGUUAAACAAUAUCAUGUAGUACCUGUUAAUAAAUUUGCUCAUAUGGAUUUUACAUGUGCAAAGAACCUUGACGUCUUGGUUGUAAACAAAAUUUUGAAAAUAUUGGGCAAUGUAACAAAUAAUAAAACCUCAUAUUUUUAAGAUUUUUAUGUGACAUACC